CGGGGGCUCAGGUUCCGCCUCAGAUACCACCCAGAAGACACUGAGCGUCGGGAUGCCGAGACCCACAAUGCUUUGCAGAAGAGACUGGGCGUCUUCAUGUACCUCCUGGGAAAGGGCUGGUUUGAUAAUGUCACACUGGACAUUGCGCAAGCCCCAGCCAUCAUAAAGGUGUUAGACGCAGUCCAAAUACGGUUUGAGGGAGGAACAGAGAAUGACCUGCGGGUUCUGGAGAUGCCCACGAAGAAACAGGGAGAGAAGGAGGAGAGGAGGAAGGGAGAGGAGGAGGAGAGGAGAAAGAAGGAGGAGAGGAGAAAGGAGGAGAGGCGGAAGGGGGAGGAGGAGAGGAGGAAGAGAGAGGAGGAGGAGAGGAGAAAGAAGGAGGAGAGGAGAAAGGAGGAGAGGCUUCUCUCUGGAGAAAUCCAGUCUGAGGCCCAAAAGCAAGAUGAGGGCCAAGCCGUAGAUCCAGAGAACAUACUCACACCCGGGGCAGAGAAGCUGGCCAGGAAAAGGAAGCACAUUGAGGGGGAGGAUAUCAGUGAGUCUGCAGCCGCGGCCUCCAUCUUGCAUCCCUUCGACCAAUCAGCUGAAUGGGAAACAGGCGGGAAGAAACGAACGGAGGACACUUCAAAUAGAGACAAAGAGGACAAAAAAGGAUAUUAUAGUACACAAGUGGCAGCCGUUCCAUCCUCCUUUUCUCUACUCGUUUUGUUUUCAUUCUUUGUAGAGAUGAAGAGAUAUAUUGAGGAGGAGGAGGAUGAAGGGGAGAAGGCUGAGGACGGUAAGAGUGAAGAGAGCGAGGAUGGGGAGGUGGGGAAGGGUGGGCAGACAGAGAAUAAGAUAGAUGAGGAGAGAGGAGACGAGAGGGAAGAAGAGAGGGGAGAUGAGAGGGGGGAUGACGGAGGAGAGAAAAGGGGAGAGGGGGAUAAGGAGGCUCGAAGAGACGCACCACCACUCCCACGCCAACUCCACAAGACCCGGUCUCUGUUCAUGAGAGGCAUCCCCCCGUCAAUCUGCAAGAAGGAGAUUGUGAAUUUGUUUGUAAAGUACCCCGGCUUCAUGAGAGUGUGUCUGUCGGAGCCCCAUGCUGAUCACAGGUUCUUUAGACGCUGCUGGGUGACCUUUGACUACUUGGCCAACAUCCAGGACAUCUGCUUGCAAUUGCAAAAUGCCCGAUGGCAUGACUAUAAGCUGUCUCCAGUGGUUCACCGUGAGCUGUGUCGGCGGGUGCGUGCUGCUAAUGGUAUCACUCAGCACAGGACCUUACUGCAGGACCACAUCAGACUGGCAGCCAAACUGAUCCGCACCCUGGACCGCAGGUGGACCUUCUGGGGAGAAGACCACGAUCAGGGGAACCCUGUCCUGAGGAAUGUCUCUCAACACCUGGUGGAGGAGGUCAGCGCUGAGGAGGAGGAGCUAACUGGACACGUGGGCGGGGUCAUCCCUCAGAGUGAGGUUGCCGUGGAGACAGACAACAAGUUGGUCAAGGUGCUGGAUUGUCUGCUUCUGUACCUGCGUAUUGUUCACUCCGUAGAUUUCUACAGCGCCUGCCAGCACUCAGGGGAACACGACAUGCCCAGCUGUUGUGGCACCGUCCACGUGCGGGGACCCACUCCUGCCAGCAGGGUGCCCGUCGAGCAGGUGUUGGACUGGCAGAAGAGGUUUGAGGACAAACUGAACCAUUUGUUUUUCCCACGGGAGCGUCUGGGUGACGAGGAGGCGGAGAACAUGGGCCGGAGGCACUCCCAACAGGAAGUGGAGAAGUUUGUAACGGCAAACACACGGGAGCUGGACAAGGAGAAGUGGUUGUGUGUUCUCUGUGGGAAGAGGUUUAAGGGGUCAGAGUUCGUCCGUAAGCACCUCCUCGCCAGACACGGGGAGGAGGUGGAGGAGGUGAGGAAGGAGGCGCUCUUUUUCAACAACUUCCUCAUGGACCCCAAAAGGCCCUACUUCCCCGGGAUGAGGUCUCCGCCCCCCCGGCCCCCCAGGCCAGGACAGGAAGGAGGAGGUCCUGGGCUGCCAUUCUCUCCUCUGUGUCUUUGGGGCUUUGGCAAGACGAGCCCACCCCUCGUCAGCUAUGAGGACGAGCCCACCCCUCGUCAGCUAUGA